UUAUUAUAAUUAAUCACAUCUUGAAUGAAUCUUCUUAACUCUUGGGCGAGGGAAUUCACCUCCGAUAUUGAAACUGGUAUAAAUGAUCACUCCCGAAUGGAGUAAGGCACAGUUUACUACAGCAUCUUGUGAAGAGAGCAAGUAACAGCUACAACCAAAGAUUCAAAAUGCAGUCCUCAAUCCUUUUAUGCUUAGCAGCUUUCGUAGCUUGCACAUACGCCCAAAUGUACGUCCAAGAGGAGCCAAUGGAAUGGUACCCAGGCUACCAACAAUUGGUCUCCCGUCACCCAAGAGACCUCACUUGGUCACGUGGAGUAGGCAAUGGCAGAGUCUUCGGAACUUUGGGAAGCACUGACGAUUCUGUAUUCGGUCGCGGAGGCUAUAAGCAAGACAUCUUUAACGACCACCGCGGCCAUCUCCAAGGCCAGGCAUACGGCUCCAGGGUGCUCAGCCCUUACGGUGACAGCAGCAACUUGGGAGGCAGGCUGGACUGGUCCAAUCCUAACGCGAAGGCUGGUCUUGAUGUGCACAAGCAGAUUGGAGGGGGUAGUGGCAUGAAACUGAGCGGUGAUGGAGUAUGGAACUUCGACAAGAACACCAGAUUAUCAGCCGGAGGCAACUUGGAUAAGACCUUCGGACACCACAAGCCUCAAAUCGGAGUACAGGCGGAAUUCCAACAUGACUUCUAAGUUCAUGAAGA